AUGACAGCUGCUGCCGGCAACGCGGACCACUCUGCCACGUGGUUUGCCAGCGUGGACGAAGACGCAUGUGCGGGCUCGGGGAACCUUGUCUGCGUGAAGUUUGACGAGGCGGCCCUCGGCUUCGUCGCGGGCGCUCUGGCUGGCCUGGUGACCACAUCUCAGGUCACGGGCGCGGUCGGGGCUCUCCCAAUCGGCCCCAUCAAGCGCUUCCUCAUUGGCUACCGGAUGGGCGUGCAUCGCACAUGUCCAGACUGCAAGGUGGAGAGCGGCACUGUGAACCACUUCGGCCACGUAGAGAACGGCGUGGGCAUUGCCGAUUGGCUUCGCAGCACGGGUGCCGAUGUCGUGUUCGGGGCUGGCGGGUACACUGGGUCGGUGGCCAUCAUGCGAUCCGCGAGUCUCGGGAGCCAUGUCAUCGGGGUUGACACGGAUGAGUUCGAGGGCACGUUCGCCAAUGAGAACGCGUCUGUCCGAAGCAUGGUCCUGAGCUCAGCUAUGAAAAAGCUCGACGUUACCGUUGAGCUGGUCGUGUCUCUGUUCUUGGGCAUCCCCACAAGCGACACGGUGCCAGAGGUGGUCGACGGCACGCUGACGCUGGACUAUGCCAACGGCGGCGUCGGCCUUGCGGAUUGCCACCUGGCCUGCACCACCAUCGGCGCCCAGAAGUGGUCGACGGCAACCAGGCUUGAGCGGAGCAUAGGCGCUGGAAACGUCCUCGUGCCCAUGAGCCCAGACAACAGCUACAUCCACGACACUCCGCUCCAGAGCAACAGCUUCGAGGUCGCCGCGAAUUCUGCGUCGCCGCCCUCUGCUAGGACCCAGUUUGCCAUGACAACCUGGUCCACUCUUUGGAAGAACCACUUCGUGGUGUUUGGGGGGCUCGGCGACUCGGGGGUACUGAACGACCUCUGGCUCUACGAAAUCGAUUUUGCCAAGUGGCUCCCAGCCGACCACGGCUUGACGACCGGAAGUCCGCCGCCCCCACUCCAGAAGUCUUGCGCCGUUUCUUUGGGGGCAUUCUUGGAACGCAAGGUCGUGAUCUUCGGAGGGAAGGACGAAAACGAUCAGCAGUCUGACAAGAGCUACAUGUUCGCUGGGCAGCCGCCGUUUCCAUGGGUCGCGGACUACGCUGACAUCCAUUACGAAUGGACACACCUCAGCAGCGGCGGCACACCACCAGCGGUUGAGGGCCCAGGCUGCGCCGCUUUCAACGAGACUUGCGCGCUGGUCUUCGGAGGCAGGGCCUUCGGUGGUUUGACCUCUGAUCUGGACCUCCUCUGUUUGAACAACGGCGUGGCCGACUGGACCAACGUGUGGGAAGCCUCAGGAGGAGGCAAUGGUCCAGCCAAGCGAGAGCGGGCGGCAGUCGCUGUGGUCAGCGGUAGUGCAGUCGGGCUGUCCGCGGAGAACGUGCUGGUCGUUGCCGGCGGCAUCGACUCCAUUGCUAACCUUUGGUUGACUGACGUUUGGGCAUUCAGCUUGAGCGACCUUGAAUGGACGGCACUUCCUACUCUGCCCUUCGAGGUCCAGUCAACUCCUCUCCUCUUCACCGCCGUUCCUGACGGCGCAGUCGCGGACGUUCUCGUCUUGCAGUUUACGUCUGACACGGAGAGCUAUGGACCUGGCGCGAUGACGCUGGACCUUGGUAAAGCCAUAUGGUCCGUGCAGCCUGGAUACUUCAUGUCUCCCCCAGCGGACGGGUUGGAACUGGGCGCGGCCGUGUGGACCGGCGUGUCGACGUGGUUGUUCGGAGGACAGUCUUCCGAUGGCAGUGCUUCCCUCGGCGAGCUCUACAAGGCUGACUUCGCCUUCAAGAAGGACUGCCCGCCUGGCCAGGAGUCAGACGGGGCCGACUGCGUGGAUUGCCCCACGGGCUUCUUCUCACUCGGGGGUUCGGGCGAGUCCUGCAAUCAGUGUCCACCAGGCAGGGCCGCGCCAAACCCAGGCACUGCAUCGUGUGGCCUUUGCGAUGCUGGGAGGUUCUCUGGUGCUGGGAGCGCCAAUUGCACCUCAUGCCCGGCAGGCACGAGCACGAACAACGGCAGGGGUGAGUCUGAGUGCUCCAAUUGUGCUUCUGGACAGUAUGCUGGUGUUCCAGGCCAAGCUGCAUGCACCUUGUGCGAACUUGGCAGGUACGUAAGCGCAACAGGAAGCAGCGAGUGCAAUGCAUGCGAAGGCGACUUGACCACUGCCUACCCGGGUACGCCCAGCAUAGACUUGUGCGUCUGCGCGGAGGACUCUUACAGGCCUGUGCAGGCUGGGAGCAUCAAUCGGUCCGACUGCGAGCCCUGCCCCAGUGGUAUGACCUGUGCCACGGGCAGUGACAUGAUCUUCAUGCCUGGCAGCUCAGCCGAAAUUGCAGGCGGCACGAUUCCGCUCGUCGACGAAGGCUACUACACGACGUUCCAUGAACCGUUAAGCGUUUAUUUGUGUGGUCAGUCUUCCCAUUGCAUCGGGGGUCUGCCAGAAACGUGUGCAGGCAGCCGGUCUGGCCUGAAUUGCGCCAUCUGUCCAGAAGGCACGUCUCCAGGAAAUCCUGGCUGCGACACAUGUCCGGCUUCGACUUUUGCCCUGUUCAUCGUUGCGGUCAUCGUUGCGCUCGUCGUCGUACCAGUGGGCCUCUACUACUGGGGCAACAGCGUCGUCUCGACAAGGACAUCUACCUUUCUUGGCGCAUCGCUCGCUGCAGGGAUCAUCGUCACCGUCGCACAGGUAUUCGGGACGUUCUCCAGACUGACCGUGCCAUGGCCAACCAGCGUCGGGAACACACUCAGUGGUUUCAGCAUCCUCAUGUUCGACCCGCGGUCUGUCGGCGUCGAGUGCGUCUUGGGCAGCGACGGCGUCAAUGAUUACAUAUUUCAAGCCAUUGCCCCCUUCGUGAUGAUCGUCGUCUUCCUUGCCCUCUACUUUGGGUCUCGGCUCUUGCCUCUGAUCGGGCAGCCAGCCUGGGAAAGCGACAAGGUGCUGAAUUCAGUUGGGGCGUUUUUCCAAGUGGUGUUCAUUGCGCUCGUCGGGGUGUCCAUGGUGCCGCUUCAGUGUUACUCGCACCCAAACGGCGAAAAAAGCAUCGUGAUGUAUCCCGAGUUCUUGUGCGGCCAGGACGAGCACACCACCCUAGUUGCAUUCGGCAUCGUGGUGUUCCUCUUUGUGGUUCUGCCUGCCCUGGCAUUGCACAUCUGGGCCACCAUCAAGGCUACCUCUUCUACUCUUCGGAUUGGUGCGAACGCGGCUCUGCUGGUCCGCUUCCGUUUCGUGUUCUAUCGUUUUCGCCCAGACGUUUGGUGGUGGGGUAAUGUCUACAUGAUUCGUCAGCUUCUCCUGGCCAUGGGCCCCAUUGUUCAGCCCGACGACCCGAAUUUUCAAGUGAUAUUUGUUGUCGCCACCUUGUCAUUCUACGUUGCCCUGCUCUGCGCCUACUGGCCAUGGAAAACACCUGAACUCAAUCUAUUGGAUUGCAUAUCGUCGCUGAUGCUCUCCCUGAUUGUUGUGUCUGUGAGCAGCUUCAUGCCGAAGUCCGACUGGGAUGGCGAGCAUUUGGGUCUCAUGUGGACCAUGCUCUCCUUCGUUUUCGUGCUCAACGUCGCAAUGAUGCUAUUUGUUAUAUUCAGCAUGUUUUCCAAGGGCCCGACGGGGCUCUUUGGGUUCCGGUAUCCGCGUGAAAAGAUCAUGUUGGAGUUUGCACAAGAAUGGGCUGCGUUGUGCAAGCUCCACACCACGUUCGACGUGGGCGCCACGGCAGAGUGGCUAGAGAGCAUGAACGACUACGACCGCCAGGCGAUCGAUAGAGCCAUCAGCGUGUCCCAGGCCUAUGGUAUCGCGGGAACGCGCACGAUCAUAUCGACCAAGAGCAUCCCUCGCGUUGUCCUGGACAAGGCAGAGUUGAAAAGGUUAUCUCAGAUGCCGAGUGCACUCGACGCAGUGCCCGCGUCUAACCUCAAGACGGAGGACCCCGAGCUGGAGGGCCCUGCCCUUGCGGGCAGCGACGGCAACGACGUGCCCGACGAGGAGGCGUAG